AUGGACCUCUUGCCAACACUUACUCAGGCACAGGUAGGUUUACAGAAACGCCUAUCCGAUACAAAGGCUCUAUAUCGUCAAGAGGUGCAGACGCGUCGUAUUUUGUACAACACAUUGAUCGAGCUUCGUGGAAAUAUUCGCGUAUUUUGUCGAAUUCGACCUUCAGCGUUAGUUAACAAUUGGUUGGCAAUUAGUGAAGAUCAUGAGUUGAUUGCUAGCUUGCCUAAUUCGUCCACAAAACGUCGGUACCAGUUUGAUGAAGUAUUCACUUCAACUAGCACACAAGAAGAUGUAAGUUAUACUUAUUGCCUUUGA